GAAGGGAAGGUAGGUCUCUUUGCCGCCGCGCCUUUCCCCGCUCUCUUCCGCUUCGCCUCGAAGCUCAAAUUUCAGGGUUAAAGGGCAUCUCAUUGCCCACCUUGUCCGUGUUUAUCACGGCUUGGUCCCCCCAUUCGCCUCCUGCGAUUUAAGAGUAAGCCGCCGAAAUGGGUUUCAAGGGUACCAAGGCCGAGAAGAAGGCUCUUUACGACAAGAAGCUCGUGCAGCUUCUGGAGGAGUACUCCCAGGUGUUGAUCUGCGCCGCCGAUAAUGUUGGUUCCAAGCAAUUGCAGGAGAUUCGUAAGGGUCUGAGGCCCGACUCCAUUGUCCUCAUGGGCAAGAACACCAUGAUGAAGAGGUCCAUCCGCAUCCACGCUGAGAAAACCGGCAACAAGGAUUACGAGGAGCUCCUCCCCGCCUUAGUCGGAAAUGUCGGUCUCAUCUUCACGAAGGGAGACUUGAAGGAAGUCCGUGAGGAGAUUGCCAAGUACAAGGUCGGAGCACCUGCUCGUGUGGGUUUGGUUGCCCCCAUCGAUGUGGUUGUUCCCCCCGGUAACACUGGUCUGGAUCCCUCGCAGACAUCUUUCUUCCAGGUCCUUAACAUUCCCACCAAGAUUAACAAGGGUACUGUCGAGAUUAUCGCCCCUGUCGAGCUUGUCCACAAGGGUGACAAGGUCGGAUCGUCCGAGGCUGCGCUUUUGGCGAAGUUGGGCAUCAGGCCAUUCUCUUACGGUCUUGUCGUUGUGAACAUCUACGACAACGGUUCAGUCUUCGCACCUGAGGUGUUGGACCUGACCGAAGACGACCUGUUGGACAAGUUCGCUGCUGGUGUCUCCACUGUGGCUGCAGUGUCACUGGCCCUGAACUACCCCACCUUGGCUGCUGUCCCCCACUCCUUCGUCAACUCGUACAAGAACUUGUUGGCUAUUGCUGUGGAGACUGAGUACUCUUUCCCUCUUGCUGAGAAGACCAAGGAGUACCUCAAGGACCCCUCUAAGUUUGCUGUAGCAGCUGCACCUGCCGCUACUGAGUCUUCAUCUGCUCCCGCAGCUGCUGCCAAGGAGGAGGAGAAGGUUGAGGAAAAGGAAGAGUCUGACGAUGACAUGGGAUUCAGUCUUUUUGACUAGGACGGAGUAGGUGCAUGGUGUUGAUAUCGGGGAUGUUAUCGUCCACUAGUGGAAUGCUCUGAUUCAUUUGAGAAUGUACUGCACGCUUUUUACUUACAAUGGCAUCCACUUGAUUACGCUUUGCAGCGCUUUUCAGUAUUUACUACA